CACUCAUCAUUCCCAAGCAAGCAAGCACAUCCAUCACCAGCACCGUGCCCUCACCGAUCAAAUUCACGCACAAUCCAGAUAGUACUAUAAUGGCUCGCGCUCAUCAGGUCGUUGCGGUCGCCGUCGUUGCCGCCGUGCUGCUCGCCGCCGCGGCGACCACCGAGGCCGCCGUCACCUGCGGGCAGGUGAGCUCCGCCAUCGGCCCCUGCCUCAGCUACGCCCGCGGCACGGGCACCGGCCCCUCCGCAGCCUGCUGCAGCGGCGUCAGGAGCCUCAACUCCGCCGCCAGGACCACCGCGGACAGGCGCGCCGCGUGCACCUGCCUCAAGUCCGCCGCCUCCAGGCUCAGCGGCCUCAAAGCCGGCAACGCCGCCAGCAUCCCAUCCAAGUGCGGAGUCAGCAUCCCCUACACCAUCAGCCCAUCCGUCGACUGCUCCAGGGUGAGCUAAACGACCACCGGAGCCGGAUGGAGCUGGAGCAGCCUCGUCCACCGUGCGUGCAUGGUUCCCUACAUAUCUAUCUAUGAUCGAGUUCGCUCGCUUGAUGAAUAAAAUCUCUCGGCCGUCGUCGUCUGCACUGUCAUACGCUCGCAUGCUAGUGCAGUGUACGUCCUCCUUGUGAGAGACGGGAGUCCGUCCGUCCUUGUUGUGUGGUCGUCCCUGCUUCGUUUUGUGUCUGCACGGUACGGUGCGCGCUAGCUCCUCCAUUUCCAUGUGGAGGAGACCGAGUCUCUGUACCUUGUCCACUACCUUUUAAUACAUACACCACCUUUUGGUAUGC